GCGCGCUUAGUUCAGUUCAGAGACAGACUAAGCAGUGUUGGACGGCUGACAGAGGUGCACACGCUCUUUUUCCGACACAUUCUAAAAAGCAUUAUAUUGUGACAAUAGACCUAUACUGGGGAUAUAACUCUUCUAUAAGUGUUUGUAUCGUUCUUUCUUGGAUUCUUCUGGAGAGUUCAGCAGUUUCUGGAGAACAUGUUUGUGUCCGUGGCUGUUCUGAUAUUAAUACAGAGCGUCUGUGUGGCCCCCGUCACUGUGACCAGCAGCAGCCCCAGAGUGCAAGUGCUGGAAUAUUCAGAUGCCAAACUCUCCUGUGAGUUUAAAACAGAGAGAGAGAAGAAUCCACGCAUUGAAUGGAAGAAGAAAGAUAAAGAUGUGUCCUUUGUUUAUUUUGAGGGCCAUUUCAAAGGACCCUUUCGUAGUCGUGCGGAGAUUGACGGAGCGACAGUUCUACUUCACAGGGUGACUCAGGCUGAUGCGGGCGAGUACCGCUGUGAGGUCAGCGCACCGCUCGAUACUGUCACACUCGGAGAGACAAACAUCACACUUGAAGUGCUGGUGCCACCACACACGCCGUCAUGUGACAUCCCGAGCUCCGCCCUGACUGGAUCCCAGGUGGAGUUACGCUGUAGUGACCAGCACAGCAUCCCCCCUGCUGUCUAUACGUGGUAUAAAGACAAGAAACCCUUGCUGAUACGCCACGCCAAUGACACAUUCACCAUCAAUAAAUUCACCGGCAUGCUGAUCUUUCAGAAGGUCAGCAAGACUGAUGCGGGUCAGUAUCACUGUGAGGCCAACAACAAAGUGGGACCCCCAAAGAGCUGCGAGGCCAAACACAUGCAGAUUGAUGAUCUGAAUCUUCCCGCGGUGAUCACUGGUGUUGUUCUCGUGUGCCUGAUCGGGUUAUUGUGUGCUUUUGGAGUGUGUUACGCUCACCGGCAGGGAUACUUCAGCCGACACAGAGGAAGUCAACAUUCAGGAUACAGUCACACCCCACAGGAAUUCUCUUUCCAGCCUCAGGAUUUCAAACACAAGCAGUCUUUCAUGCUGUGAUGGCGAAUGAGAUUCAUGUCUGUGACGCUGGAACCAAAGGAACUUUGUCAAUCAGCACCACAGCAACUGUAAUUGGAUGGAAAUACAAAAUGUUUUCACUCUUGCAAUAAUUCUCCAAAUGAAAACUAAACGGACUGCUUUGAGAGUUUGAUUCUAUACUGCCCUCAUGUAAACAAUUACACAGAUGUAACCAGUGCGCCCCCUGCUGGCCAAGGGUGAGAAUUACCAUGUGCGCCCCUAGUGGCCUAUAUGGUUCGUCAUCGCUGAAGAGAACCAAACUGUUUCACGGCCUGUGCAACCUUGUGCCUUAACGAGACAGAGAAUCUGUAAUCAUUGUCAGACAUGUCUGUGCCUUUUUUUAUUUUUAUUAUUUGUACUGAAUAUCAUGUCUGUUUUCAACUUGCUGUAUAUUUUCAUUAAUAAAUAAACUUUUACGUUUGA